AAUAUAAACCUGACCGCUUGGUCACCUCGUAUCCAUUAUUUCUGCUUCGGGAGAACCCCAGAGAAACAAAAUGUAUCUUCUCCUCCUGGCUGUUACCUUUGGGCUUGCAGGAGCAUACCCUCUGGAGGACCCAAAGGAGUGCCAGCCUCACUCUAGACCCUGGCAUGUGAGGCUGCAUGGUGGAGGAGUGGAAUGCAGCGGGGCUCUCAUUGACAAAUGGUGGAUAGUGACUUCAUUUACCUGUGCACCCACAUCCUAUGAGACCAUUGCUUCUCUUGGCGAGCAUCACAGAAGCGUGGAGGAAGGCACAGAACAGCACAUCUUAGUUGCUGACGCGAUUCGUCACAGCCCCUACCGCUCACCUCUACACAGCCUCACCUUGGUGCGUCUGUCUGAGCCUGCUGAAUUUAACCAACAUGUCCAGCCUAUCCCUCUGCCCACACGCUGCCCACAAACUGGAGAGAUCUGCUCCGUCAGUGGCUGGGGCUCCACAGUUCCAAACCAAUAUGACCCCUCCGGGAGCCUGAAGUGUCUAACUGUGCCUGUGGUGGAUGAUCUGACUUGCUUGAAUACCUUUCCUCCCUAUCUGUACUGGGGUGUCAUGGUCUGCGCCGGCCAAGCAAAAACAGAUAACUGCCUGACUGGUAGCAGCAACGUGAUGGUGUGUGGUGGUGAGCUGCAGGGUUUGACAUGGUUCAAUCACGGUUGCGAGGAUCCUGCUCACCCCACAGUUUAUACCAAGAUGUGUGACUACAGCCGCUGGAUCAAUAAAGUGAUGGCUGAGUACACUCCCCCGGCUACUACCCCUCCCUCCUGGACGACAUAAGGCAGUGUAGGCAUGUGUCUUUGCACAACAAGAAAACAUUUGUAAAGGUUGCUCUUUACAACUGCAGAUAUUCCUUUGCUAUUUGGUUUGUUGACAUGUAAAUAAAAGACACUUAGAUGUG